UAAAGGGGGCGGGACUUGGAGUCGCGCAAGCGCCAUCGUGCUCCGGGUCGCCAAGAUGUCUUUCCCCAAAUACAAGCCGUCGCGGCUUGCCACCCUGCCCACUACUCUCGAUCCAGCCGAAUACGACAUAUCUCCGGAAACCCGGCAGGCCCAAGCCGAACGGUUGGCCAUAAGAUCACGGCUUAAACAGGAGUAUCUGCUUCAGUACAACGACCCCAACCGCCGAGGGCUCGUCGAAGACCCUGCCUUGAUUCGUUGGACUUAUGCGAGAUCAGCAAAUGUCUAUCCCAAUUUCAGGCCCACUCCCAAGACCUCACUUUUAGGAGCUGUGUUUGGGAUUGGGCCCCUUUUCUUCUGGUAUUAUGUUUUCAAAACUGACAGGGAUAGGAAAGAAAAACUCAUCCGGGAAGGAAAAUUGGAUCGAAGUAUGAACAUCUCAUAUUAAGUCUGGCAAUGAUGACUAUAUGUGUUCUUGCUUAAAUAAAUCUUCUAAUAAUCAUUAAA